AUGUCGCUCCUUAUCCACCGAAAUCCGCCAUUCUUGCGCCGUAGGGCAAACUCAGCGGCUGCGAUCACCGUCGAAAAUGUCAAAGCCGCAGCAAAUCGCCUGGAAACUGUGCUGUUUGAGGAUCUCCCAGAAUGGCUUCAGGACAACGAACACAUCAGAUCGGGAUACCGGCGACCAAUGAACUCAACUUUGGCAUGCGUUAGAUCUUGUGCAAUGUUACAUAACGAGACGCUGAAUAUUUACACUCAUCUCAUUCCUGCCGCGGCUCUGGCCAUCUUCCAAGUCUACAUACAGAUCAAGAUCACACAAUACUUCCCGGAGGCCUCUACUCUGGACCGGAUCGUCAUUGGAGCGAACGUAAUCGCUGCCAUAGUCACCUUCGGCCUUUCUGCUUCCUACCAUACUCUGAAUAGCCACUCGCCUCAGAUUUCGUCCUUGUGGCUUCGAAUAGACUAUGUUGGAAUAUUGACCUUGAUUCUGGGUUCUUUCUUUUCUGGAAUUUAUGUGGGGUUUUAUUGCUUGCCUACACCACGAACCAUUCACUGGUGUAUGAUAACUACCCUGAGCUUCGGCACGGCCUUGCUUGUGCUUCACCCUAAACUGCAGGAACACAAAUAUCGCGCCCUGAAAGCUUAUGCAUUCGUCGCGACGGCAUUGACCGGCUUUGCUCCCAUCGGCCAUGGUCUCUACCUCUACGGCUGGCAUGAGAUGUGGAUUAGAUCGGGCAUGCCGUAUUACCUGCUAGAAGGUGUCAUAUAUGGUGCUGGAGCGACGGUGUUCAUUACGAGGUUUCCUGAAUCAAUCUGGCCUGGGCAUUCGCAUGGAACUACGAACACCUAG